AUAACAAGACAAAAUAAUGAGGAAAAAGUCAAGGAUACUAAGCACACAAUUACAUUACAAUGUUGUGUGAAUAGACAACUUGAGAGUUGAUUGAGUUAACUAUAAGUUUUUAUCACUCAAUUGUAUAUUUUUUGAGAAUGUCCAUCAUUUAAUCUUAAUCUUUAUUUUGCAUGAAAUUUUAUUACAAGAAAUUAAUGAUAUUUAUUGAAUAACGCGCCUUCCUCAUCAUAGAGCCUUCAUCUUCAAGUUUAACAAAUGUUUAGUUUUACAAUUUUCAGUUUUGGUUGUGCCACAAAGUGUACAAAUUGUGUUUACUUCAGUGUUUUAAUCACGAUUUAUUGGCUUUGCUUUGUCAAUUACAAUUGUCUAAUUUGUCUAUCUAUUCAAUGGUACAUAAUUAAGGUCAAGUGCUUUAAAUGGUUGAUAUUUUUACUGUAAAAAGAUACAUUCUCUAUGUUUUAAGUUACAUUCUGUAAGCUGAUACUUUUUUUGUGGCGUUUGUGCUUUUUUGUGCCUGUAUUUACUGGUUUGUCAGUUAUUAAUCAUAACAAUUAGAUUUUGACAGUCUUGAUGACUGUUUAAAAACAAUCAGUUUUGGGUAUUAGAAAAUCUUAAUUCAUUUGAUUUACAAAUUGGUGAAUGUUUAUUUUUCAUGGAAAGCUUAAUAGACUUGUACCUUGGUUUUGGAUUAAGAUGGGAACUGUUUAUUUUGUCAGACAUGCCAUUGAAAAUCUGGUUUUUCGGGUAAACAUCGUUAUUUUCCUAUGUGAUAGUAGUUGAGAUUUGACUAAACUGGUAAACUUUAAGAUUGCUUUUACAGAUCAAAAUCAUUUAAUAAGGUUAUACAUUAUUCAUGUAAACAAAUGCUAAUGAUGAUCAGAUAUCUUUUAUCAAUUCAUUGGGUGAAAAAUUUAAAUCACUAUAAAUUGAUGAUAAUCUUUGUGUCCUGCAUAAUACUUUGACAUUGCAUUAGCAACCACAAUUCAAAGCACUUUGAGUCGCAUGAGCAAUCAAAUAAAAAGAUAAUCAAUUUACAAAUGACGUGAUCUUUCCGAUGAUCGACUAUCAUGGAUAAGGCUGGUUUGGCAACAAAAAUCAACUAAAUUUUCAAAUUUCGUGUUCAAUAAUCUAUUCCUUGGCUUAGGCCAGGAUAAUUCAAAAAACAUGAUGAAAAGAUCUAGGAAAAUCAUCUUAUUCUUACUCUUGAUCUUGACUUGUAAAUAUCAAGGGUUAGAAAUGAGACGAAUACAGUUGACAUCUUUCGAUAUUCCCGAGAAAAUAAGCGAUUCUGUGAAUCUCAACAGUCUUUCAGAAUCAAGUGGCAAAUCAAUUGUUUUAUUAUUACAAUCUGGUUGGUUAAGUUAUGUACAGCAAAAUUUCAAGCCAAUAUUGCGAGCAAUUGGUAUUUUCGCUUCAGUCUCCAGUGUUACCCACACAGUACUCAUGCUUGCGUCAGUUUUACCUCUAUGGGAUGCCAGUCCAAUUAUACCUGGAAAUGUUUUGAUAAUUAUGUGUACUUUGGUCAUGGAUUUCAACAUAAUGGGUGUUAUGUACAUUUCAUUUAUUCAUAAAAUUGAUUUCUCUAGAUUUGAAAAGAAGGCGCGAGCUCUUGGAUUUGAUUAUGAUAACCCAAUAAUGGCCAAUAUAUUGAAAAGGGCAAGACGUAAAGUCACCAUCAUUCAAGUUGUUUUUGUAUUUUCCUGGUUCGUUAACACGAUUGUCUUUUCAAUCAUUUUUUAUAUAAAUGACUCUCAUAAAGGUUCAACUGUAGCCACAAUUGAAAUUAUCCAUGUUUUAAAUUGUGUUUUGAUUCCUUUAUUACCAAGUAACAAAAUUUUCACCCUAUUUACGUCAGCUAUUUUCAUAAGGUCAGUCUUCACUCUUUUCAACCAAAGAUUGAUGGACCAUUCUCAAUGGACAUUUACUGAUCUAAGGUUUUAUCGGAAAAUGUAUUCACAAGCCAUUGACUUGACUAAAUCGAUAAACCAAAUUUGGCAAAAUUUUCUUGUUAUCUUUUAUCCAGCAGUCAAUGGAUUUGUUUUAUAUUUUAUAUUUUACACAAUUACUGGACCAGUCAGUAUGCUUCGAUAUGCUAUUCUUGGAUUUCUCGCGGCAACAUUCAUUCUACUGUUCGUAUAUACCAAUCGAUUCAUAACAGGAGUCAAUAUUGAGGCCUUUGCCAUCUAUGAUACAAUCUACAUCAUAAGUUUAAAUAAUAAAGAUGUUACAUACACUGAAGAGGCUAAUCUCUUCUUAAAGAGGAUAGGAAGACAAGAUGUUGGUUUUAGUUAUGAAACGUAUAUGGUUUACUCACCAAGAUUAGUAGGAUCCGUUUUGACACUGCUGUCGACAAUUAUGAUCGCCUUUCCUACGUUUACGAGACAUUAUUAGGGUCUUACAAAAUUCGUUAUCCUUUUAAGUUCUUAUCGAUUAUGUAAAUGGUUAGAUGGUAUUAGUCCAGAUUCAGUGUCUUUUAUAAACUAAAAUAAAAUGCAAAUAAAGAUA